AUGUCUGUGUCCAGUCCCCUGACCUUCAUCCUCACUGGCAUUACUGGUCUGCCAACGGCGUUGCCUCUCUGCUGCCUGUAUCUCCUCAUGCUCCUGGGCAACUGCACCUUACUCUGGAUGAUAAAGACAGACCACAGCCUCCACACACCGAUGUACUAUUUCCUCUCCAUGCUGGCCAUGGCAGACCUGGGCUUGUCUCUCUCCACCCUGCCUACCAUGCUGGCGAUUUUCUGGUUCCAGUCCACCUCCCUCCACUUUGAAGCAUGCAUUGCCCAGAUGUACUUCAUCCACUCCUUCUCUGCCAUCGAGUCUGGGGUCCUGGUGGCCAUGGCUUUUGACCGCUUUGUUGCUAUUUGCUACCCUUUGCACUAUGCCUCUGUCCUAACGAACUCCCUGAUAAUGAAGGCAGGGGGGAUGAUCUUCACACGGGGCAUCUGCGUGGUGAUACCUGUUGCUGUCCUUAUUAAGAAGAUGCCUUUUUGCAGGUCCCAUGUCCUGUCUCACUCCUUCUGCCUGCACCAGGACAUGCUGCGGCUGGUUUGUGGGGAUGUCAGGGUCAACAGCUUGUACGGGCUGACCGCAGUGAUCCUCACCAAGGGACUGGACUCCCUGACCAUCCUUCUGUCUUACGUGAUGAUCAUCAGAGCCAUCUCCAGCAUCGUCUCCCAGGAAGCACGAGCCAAAGCCUUCAGCACGUGCAUCUCCCACCUCUGUGCCGUCCUGAUCUUCUACAUCCCGCUCAUUGGCUUGUCCAUCACUCACAGGUUUGGGAAGCACCUGCCCCCGCUCACUCACACGCUCCUGGCUGAUGCCUAUCUCCUGGUGCCACCUGUCCUGAACCCACUCGUGUACAGCUGGAAAACCAAGCAGAUCCGCAGGCGGAUCCUCAUCCUGCUCUGCCGAGGAGGGACCCAGCGGCGGGUCUAG